GGACAAGCCCACAAGCUACCGUGAGCGCCUUGCUGUACGGUUUCGUAGACCGACACAGCUACAAGCCAUGCCAGUUAUCGAAGGAAAGCUUUCUUCCUGCAUAAACUAUUUAGUUUGAUAUAACAGUACAUGGCUGGUUGCCGGUAUUGCAAUCUGGGUUGUGACUUCGCCGCUUGCCUACAUUGUAGAUAAACGACCAUGCCUUGCCGCUCGUGAUCAGUAUUUAUUUGUAAGAUGAAGGGCCUGAGGAAUUUCUGGGUAUUCGCAGUAGUAUUCCUAGUGACUGUGGGCAUUUUAAACUUCGUUGAACAUACACAGCAAUCACGCCCGGACAGUGUUCAGCAUGAUAUUCAUCUCCAGACGACUUCAGAAGCAAGUGGGCAGUUAGUACUUGGCCGGGCCGGCGGCCCCCGGAAACCUGCCAAGCAACAGCAUAGAGCGGACCUGGAGGAUGAACGGUAUCCGUUUCGGCCGAUCGAGGAUGUCAAAAUAAGUGUACAAACGGGUCACUUCUUUGGCGGUGAUUUUGAGGGGUUGGAGCCCAACUGCACCAUCGGCAAGACAGUCAUCAACUGUCGCUAUGGAUCUUCCGUCGAUCCCCACACUGCUGACGCGCUCUGGUACCAUAUUCCCUCAAUGGGAGGUGCAUCUAGCGUGCAAAAAUAUCACCCGAAGCAGCUAACUAUUGCCAUGAGCAUGGAGUCUUCGGAGUAUUAUCCCGCACUCGACAACAAAGACUUCAUGCGGGUUUUUGACAUCGAGACGACAUACCGGUCAUGCUCCCAGGUCCCUAUUUUCUACUUUGACUAUAACCCAAAUCAGCUCUCGAAGAUCAUGAAGCCUGCAAAACCUUUUGAGGAGAAGAAAACAGCGUUGGUUUACGUCAACAGCAACUGCGGCGCUAAGAGCGGCAGAUCGGAUAUCAUGCGCCAGGUCUUGGGCUUGAACCACCCCACCAUACCCACACACAGCUAUGGCAACUGCGAUCGGAACAUGGAGGUGAACGGCCACUUCGACAAGGUGGAGCUCAUCAGCGGCUACAAGUUCUGUGUGGCCAUGGAGAACUCCAUCACCAAGGACUACAUCACGGAGAAGCUAUGGCAGGCGCUGGAGGCGGGCUGCGUGCCCGUGUACAUGGGGCCGCACAACAUCGCGGAGUUCCUGCCUGACCCGGAGGCCAUCAUUGACUACAACAAGCUGGGCUCACCCGAGGCGCUCAUGAAGGAGCUGGAGCGGCUAGCAUCCGACAAGGCGGCGUACGAGGCGAAGCUGUCUUGGAAGAGCCGCCGGUUGGAGCAGCAGUCGGCGGACUUCCAAGCCAAGGUGGUGGGCUCAGCUGAGCGGCAGCCGCACACGCGGUGCCAGCUGUGCCGGGUGGUGCUGAAGAACCGCUACCGCCCGCAGAACUUCACGACGUGCCUGUGGAACGAGACGUGGACGCGGGAUUACCACGUGAAGGCAUAGGGACGCGGAUUGAGAGGUCGAGAGGCUUAGUAGAUAGCGUGUUAGCAUUUUUGGACGUUAGCAAAUAUGGCGUGCGCUGGUGUUAUUAUACGACGUGAAAGGAUGCCGUGUGAACUUGAUACUUGCGUGCCUGGCCGUGAUGCCUCGGGCUUGCUUGUUAUGUGGGCAAAGGCAACGUUGUGGGUCGAUCACGUUGUGGGUCGUGAUCAGUACGACGUGAGCUUUAGACGAACGAUCUCAAGCAUAUGGCUAUAAGCGUGCGCUGCGGAGGUUUGUGUUAAGCGUAUGUUCCCUAGGGAGCGUGCAUUCAUGAGGUAGCGGUAGGCCGUUAGGAUUGUACAGAAGGUACAGAUAUCAUCACAUGAUGUUACAUGAUGUUUGCCUAUGCUUCCCUGCAUUGCUUUGCAUGUAUGAUGCCAACAACCAGUGGUCAACAACCUAGCCGCUGUCUCCCAACUUGCAACUGGCAAGCAGAGCGACGUUGGGACUGAUGUCUAACUGACUCGGCCGAAAUGCCGUAUGACAUGCAUGCAUGGCCGCAUGCAGGACACACCGCAUUGAAACGACGGCUUGCAAGGAAACCGUGUACAUCGUCCCA